GAGAAUUUCCCCUUUUAUAUUUCUCUCAGCCCAGCAGAUUUCUCCUCCUCCACGCCAAUUUCAGCGCCGAUCAUCUCGUCUCCAACAGAUUUCCGAUUUCUCGGCCAGCCAGCUCCCUCAUCUCAUCCUUUGAGCCGCCACCAACAGCAACAAGAAUCGGUCAGCCCAACCGAAACCCCCAAAUUCGGCCCCUCUCACCCAACGGCUUCUCCCUUCCUCAGCCCUAAUUCUCCCUUUAUUUAAACCACAACAAGACAUCAGCCGCCUACAUGGGAACGAAUUCAGAGAACUCCCUCAAACUCUCAUAGCUUCACAGCAGAAAACCGACGACCAAGGAGCGUCAUUUUUCGGUAAGAGCUCUUGUCCGACGAUUGAGCAACGGAACUCGAGCCUCCAUUUUCGCGAUCGAAGCUCUAAUCUCACGGCAACCACGUCGUCCGACAGCGAGCCUUAAAUCUCGAUUGAUCUCCGACCUCCGACCUUCGUCCAGUUUCUCUGACGGCAAGAGCACCAGGCCUCGACGAAGAGAGUCGCCCUGAAGCGGCGUCACGAGCGCCACCGGGAGCAGUCGGUUCCGGCUGAGAGCAGCAAGCAAGGUCGUUAAGUAAGUCGAGAGUACCGAGACCUUUUGACCCUGAUCAGCAGCACCCCUUCAGCCACAACUCGUUCCUUUCUCUGUUUUCACGAUAGUUUUACGGUGAAAAUGCUGCCACAAAGAUUGAAGAAAACCGUGACGGACAACCCUAAGAAAGUAGCAGAUUUGAUUGACCUUGUGAAUCUGCCCACCAUACUCAGAGAUUUUAUGGGCCAGUCUCAGAGUUCUCAUCUCAAUUGCUUUAGGCGAGUUUGGUCUUACAUAAAGGACAACAAUCUCCAGGAUCCACACAAUAAGAAUGUUGUGAAUUGUGAUCAAAAGCUCAAGAGUAUUCUUUUGGGCAAGUCUAAGGUCGAUCUCACUGAACUUCCCUCGUUGGUCAAGUUGCAUUUUCCAAAGAAGCCAAAGUAACUGCUACAAGACUGAUGAGACAUCUUUUGUGGAUCCUUUAACUAGGGAGCCAUCUGAUAGGUGAAGGCCUUGGAUGCUCAUCCUGAACUCUUAUAUGGUAAAGAUCAGUUUGCACAGCAAGAAUUUGGGAUCCUUAUCGUGAUAUAGCACAGAACAUUGUCACUUGUCCCACAAGUUGAAUUCAUAGUUCUAGACAUCUUAUGUUCCCAUUUUUGUUCACAUUAUCAGCUGACAACUAAUGAUCAUUGUUAAAAGCUAAUCUAUGAUUUAUAUCAGUUUAUCGAGGUAUAAUUGAUUCAGACAUAUGCUAAAAUUUCUACUAUGUCUACUAGAUGUCUUGUUUAUUGCUGCUUCUAUUAUUUUUUCCAGUGGGACAUUUAAUAUAAGAUCAGUGAUCUUUUUUUUUUUUUUUUU